UUUGCUCUGUUUUUACCAACCAAAUGUGUUAUGGAUGCUAUCACCAAGAAUAGCUCCGACAUAGUUUCGACCGACAACGGAUGCGUCAACGUGUUCCACAAUGUAUGCGACGUGCUUGACAAUGAAUUGAAAGAGUAUGCUCAUUCGAAAAAGUUUAUAGAUGACCUGCCUGUUGCGUUGAAGUUUAUAAAAAGUGAUAUAAUUCCAUGGGAAGAUCUUGCCCGCCUAGCCAAGCAUUGGAAAGAGAUAAAACAUCCGAAUAUCGUUGAACUUCUGGCUUAUUUCCAUUCCUCACGAGGUUUUUGUUUUGUCACCGAAUGGGCACAACUGGGUAAUUUAUGUGAUCUUGUCAAAGGAGACGAACCUCUUUCUGCAGAAAAAAUUCAGAACUAUAUAGUGCAGUUGGUUCAAGCAUUGGACUGCUUACACUCCAAAAGGACCUUUCAUUUCAACUUGAAGCCUCAAAACAUUUUGUUCUUCUCUGAAAAUGUUAUUAAGAUUUGUGACUUUGGGCUUGCACAGAUCAUGCCACAGACUAACAUGGAUCUUCAGCACAUAAAAGGUAGUAUUUGGUAUAUGUCUCCAGAGACGCAUUCAUCGAAAUAUUUUUCCCGGGAGGCUGAUUUGUGGUCAGUUGGAGUUGUUUUGUAUGAGCUAUUAGGUGGGCGGUUUCCAAAUGACAUUCUAUGUGAAAAUGCUAGUGUAAAUCGAUGGCAUCAUAGUCUCUUUUCUGGGAUAGAGGAGAAAGACAAACAUCGGUUCAUUGCCCUUUCAUGGGCAAAGGGUCACGACAGUUUGAAGAGACACGAUGGUGGGAAGAUAACCGUUGCUAGGACAAGUAUAAAUAGAUGUGUUUGUAUUCAGUUUUUAGUGUGUCUUUUACAAUGUGAACAACAGCCUCUGGUCCAACGCUUACCUGAAAGUCAUCGAGACCUCGAAAAGCUUGCUAGCCGUCUUCUUCAGAAGAAUCCUGAAGAUAGAAGUCUUGAAUGUCCCAAGCUUCUUAGGCGUCAAAUUGGUUCAGAAACUAGUAAUGAUUUGGAGGCAAAUUUCAAGGUAUAUUAUACAAUCUUUUUUAAUUAUACCCCUGUCACUAUUCACAAAAUAAAUGAUUUUUAG